AUGUUGAGAUUGCGCGCCAAUGUGAACGACAAAGUGACAAAAAAUUACUCGCACUUUCACAUUGAGAAGGGGAUGUCAUUGCUUCAUAUAGCUGCGCAGUUUGGGUGCAACGCAACCUUGAAGUUCUUGCUUCAUGAAAACGCCAUGCUGAAGACUCGAGAUAGUCUUGGCUGCACGCCCUUGCACCGAGCAGGCAUUGGAAACAACGCAGAAGGUGUCCAGAUACUUUUGAAAGCAGGGUGCAACCCUCACCAGUUGGAGAAGAUGACGUGUAGCAACGCCCUAUUUGUAACGUGUGCUUGGGGCAACCUUCAAGCUGCCGAAGCCUUGAUGAGGAACGUUCCUGAUCUUGACAAGUCCAUGAGCCUGCACGUGGCCGGUAUUGGAAAUGGUGGAGCUGAAAUCAUGGCAGCUUUACUGCUGGGCGGGGCAGAUAUCAACGAACCUUUCAUCCAGCCGUGGCACGUUGGAAUCAAGUUCCAGGUUGCUGCAAAGAUUCUGAACCUGACGCGAAGCCGUUUCGCAUAUACGGUAUCGAAUCUGGACCACUGCACCCCGCUGAUUUGUGCUUUGCUUAUGGAGUCCUUUGACUGCGCGGCUCUUCUGAUCGCAGCCGGAGCUGAUCCAACUAUCCCAAAUAAGAAUGGGAGGCGUGCCCUAGAAGUCGCACAAGAGAUGUCGGCCCCAGAGACGAUCCUGCAGGGACUUCAAGGUGCGAAGCCGAUAAAACAUGGAGGAUAG